UUAAGAGAACUCAACUUAAGUUGGAAUGAAGAAUUAAAGGAGUUACCAGAGAGCAUUUGCAGUUUGGUUGAAUUGCAAGUCUUGAAGAUUGGUGGCACUGAUAUCAACUAUGUGCCUGAAGCAUUAGGUGAGUUAAGUAAUCUCACACUGGAACUGGACUCAUUCAAAGUAGGAAGUCAAUACAACAAGUUGGGUUUUCUGAAAAAGUUAAACUGUCUUAGUUUUGCUGGAUAUCUACAUUUGGAAAUCCACUGGAGUAGUAUGAGUGAAAUGGUGGAAUUGGUUGAGGAUGCUCGACAAGCACAAUUAGAUAUACUCCUUCAAAACCUCCAAGUUCUCCAUAUAUAUUUCGAGGAUGCGAUGAAUGAAAUGGAGCAGUCAUUAUCAUCAUCUUCAUUGUGGAUGGAGUUGGUAGAAGCUCUCGUGCCCCAUUACAACUUGAAGACACUGACAAUCAAGGGAUAUAAGGGCUCAAGGCUUCCGCAUUGGAUGUCAUCACCCCUCAACUUUAUAAAAGAGAUCGAUUUGGGUAAUUUGAGUGAGGUGUCAUCAUUGCCGGCUAUGGGGAAACUACCUUUCUUGGAAUGGCUCUUUAUUAAAGAAGCGGAGCAAUUGAAGUUGGUUGGAAGGGAGUUUUUAGGAAUAGAAUCUUCAUCAUCAAAUGUUAUUGUUGCAUUUCCUAAACUCAAGGAACUGAAAUUUAUACGUUGCUCCAAAUGGGAGGAGUGGGAGGACAUAACAGAGGAAGAAGAAGAAUCUGCUGCCAUCUCCAUCAUGCCAUGUCUCACACAAUUGACUAUCUUUCGUGUGAGAGUUUGA